UGCGUCGCUCUGGCUCCAAUGUCGCUGGUGUUUGUCUCUGGAACAAAUGGGCUCUGGCAAUGCACGAAUUUGAUCAUUCAGAGAUCCGAUCAGUUGAGUCUGUGAAUGGCGCCAAAACAGGACCCUAAACCUAAAUUUCAAGAAGGUGAAAGAGUCCUGUGCUUUCAUGGGCCACUGCUCUAUGAGGCAAAGUGUGUCAAGAUCAACAUAAAGGAUAAGCAGAUUAAAUACUUCAUUCACUACAGCGGAUGGAACAAAAACUGGGAUGAAUGGGUUCCUGAAAGCAGAGUUCUCAAAUAUGUGGACAGCAACCUCGCAAAACAAAGAGAGCUUCAAAAGGCCAAUCAGGAUCAUUAUGUUGAGGGAAAGAUGAGGGGUUUGGCACCGAGCAAGAAGAUUGCUGCUGUGCAGCAGAAAAAUGUUGAUCUGAAAGUGAAAAAGGCAAAACAGAAGACCCCAGGGCCGGCUGAAGGCACCAGCAGUGGUGAGACGCCCCAGGGACCACGGAAGAAGAGAGCACGGGUUGAUCCCACUGUGGAAAGUGAGGAGAUGUUCACCAACCGAGUGGAGGUGAAGGUGAAGAUCCCUGAGGAGCUGAAACCCUGGCUGGUGGAUGACUGGGACCUCAUCACCCGACAGAAACAGCUGUUUCAUCUGCCUGCCAAGAAGAAUGUGGAGAUGGUUUUGGAGGAAUAUGCAAACUACAAGAAAUCAAAAGGAAACUCUGACAACAAAGAGUAUGCUGUUAAUGAAGUGGUGGCAGGGAUUCGAGAGUACUUCAACGUCAUGCUGGGUACGCAGCUGCUUUACAAGUUCGAGAGGCCUCAGUAUGCGGAGAUCCUGGCUGAACACCCGGACAUGCCGAUGUCCCAGGUGUACGGAGCUCCACACUUGUUGCGGCUCUUUGUUCGAAUCGGAGCCAUGCUGGCCUACACGUUACUGGAUGAGAAGAGUCUGGCUUUGCUGCUCAGUUACCUCCAAGAUUUCCUCAAGUACCUGGUAAAGAAUUCAGCCACGCUUUUCAGCGCCACUGACUACGAGGUGGCACCCCCAGAGUACCACCGCAAGGCUGUGUGAGAGAUUUCUGCAGCACAACGCUCGGCGUGAAGCACAUCACCAGCCUGUCAAGACACACGUCACGAACACUGCUACACUUUUAUGUAUGAACUUCGAGUAAGUUCUUCACUUGAACUGAAACGCUCCCUUCACAGAGGUCUCAGUACGUUGUUACAGUUUAAAAAGAAAAAGAUAAUAAAAGGGUAAACCUUUUUCCAGCUAAUUUUCCUUUUCCCCUCCCAUUUCAUUUUUAUAUAUCCAUUUUUUUAUGACACAAACAUUUCCACAAUGCAACUCUUUGGUGUUUUUGUGCAUUCCAGCUGAAGUACUGCAUGUGUAUAUUUAUUAGUGUUUCUUCUGCCACAUGUGGUGCAGUUUAAUGCUGAAUUGUAUCAUCAGCCAUUAAUUUGUAUUUGUAUGUUGAGUAUUUGUAUCAAUUUGUAAAAAUAAUGUUUCUACACAGUCUCUAUGGUUUACUUCUUUGUUUUUUUGUUGAUGACAUCUUGUAAAUUACUUAGUGUUGUAAUUGUUCUUUAAAGAUGCAUUUUGAAAUAACAGAUGAAAUACUGACAGCUGCUCCCAGCUGUCUUGCAGUCAUCGCAUCAAAGAUGCAUUCUGUAAAAUUUGGUUUUGUAUUCAUGCGACAACCACAGUGGGCAAAGAAAUUAAUUUUUCAUGCACGUGUGAAUUCAUAAAAAUAUAAAUUUCUGCCACGGGAAGUUGUUACUGUUUCAAGU